UUGUUUUACAGUUUCAAGCAGUUUUUUUAUUUUUAUAUGGCAGGAUCAGUGGGAAAGGGAUCUCACCAACAAAACUAUGGAGCGAUAUGCAACAGGAGACAAGACGAGAAGAAGCUCGACUUUACCGCAUGGAUUUGAAUGUUUACAUGCUAACUAAAUAUAGCCUGUAAAAAUAGUUGUUACAGUCGACCUGCCUGCCUAAUCAGAGGACCAGAAUCGAAAGCAAUGUUUUUGAGAUCGAGAGAGUGGAUUAUGUUACAUGCUGAUUUGGAUAACCCUCGCGCUGCUACUGCAAGAUCUUUCCGACACUUGUUGAAAUUACAUUUUGAAAUCUUCUCCACAAGGGAAAGUAUUCGCUAAUGAAAACAUUGCUAACAACUAUAUUUGGGCAACGUUAGCAAAUAUUGUUUUAGUUUACAAAUCUUUAGCAAACGUAAGUUGCGCUUCUCUUCUGCUGUUCGUGUCGCGUUACGCGGUAGCUACUGUACGAGCUUGCUGCGUAGCUGUAAUUUUUAUCGAACAUUUUUAUACACUGCAUAAAAUGACAGUUUUGAUAGCUUUGAAGAGGUUGAAGUACUUAUUAUUUGUUAUUUAGCUACGCGUGUUGCCUCAAUUGACAAUGCAUUGCUGGAUACGUCCUCAAAUAACGUUACUAUUUUAAGCUAAAUUGUUAAUGAAGAAAAUGGAAGUGACAGGUAGCUAGCUAGCACUGGCACUCUCUCACGCUAGCUAGUUAACAUAACUAGCUACUGAUUGAGUUUCAAACAAGUUGUUGGCUUAUUAGUUUAGCUAACUAUUUACAAAUGUAAAUAUUUUCCCAUGCAUUAACAAUACGUUGGGAUGUAUAGAACUCAACUUCGGUAAGCGUUACCUGCUGGCACCGAAAACACAUAUUUUGGAAUUUGUUUGUAUACAAACACUUGUCAGCUGAACUGUCCACUAUUGUUAACUUAUGUGGCUAUCAAGCUAACGUUAGCUAGCACCGACAAUUUGCCAACGCGACGAUUUGAAGCAGCACUGAUGGAUUCGCUAAAAGUGGACUGACAAUCAAAACCACACUCUCUAUAUUUGUGCCCCAAGCACUCGCUUUACAUUUUUUAAGUAACAUUUAUAAACUGUGCGGCCCACACCAUGUCCGGAUCCCCGGGCUCGGGUGGCUCAAACCCCAGGAAGUUCAGCGAAAAGAUAGCGCUGCACAACCAGAAACAAGCAGAGGAGACGCUGGCCUUCGAUCAGCUUAUGACAGAUCUCACUGUCUCAAGGGUGCAGUUCCAGAAGAUCCAACAGCUACGUCAGACCCAGACCAGGGCCCAGUACUAUGGAGGCUCCCUGCCCAACGUCAACCAGAUCGGCAACGCUAGCGCCGACUUCCAGGUGAACCCCUUGACUUAUUCCACAUUUUGAUGUUACAGCCUGAAUUCAAAAUUGAUUAAAUAUAUUGUUUUAUUCUCAUUCAUCUACACACAAUGCCCCGUAAUGACAAAUUGAAAACAUGUUUUUAGACAUUUCUGCAAAUGUAUUGAAAAUAAAUUCAGAAAUAUCUCAUUUCCAUAAGUAUUCACACCCUUGAUUCAGUACUUUGUAGAAGCACCUUUUGUGGUGAUAACAGCUGUGAGUCUUUCUGGGUAAAUCUCUAAGAGCUUUGCACUCCUGGAUUGUACAAUAUUAGCCCCAACGUCUUCAAGCUCUGUCAAAUUGGUUGUUGAUCAUUGUCCUGAUUACAAGUAUUCCCAUAACCAUUGUUCCCUCUAAGUUGCGUGCGGGCACGCAGUACCCCCAAGACUUCAUCGCAGCUCCCCAGUACUGCUGCGCAGAAGAAAUAUCAGCCCACGGAGAGAAGCACGAGGAUUGAACUACAUUCAACUUUCUAGAGAUUUCCCCAUUAGUUAACACUAUCAACCAUUCCCUUUACUCUGGCAAUUGUGCUUGUAUCAAGGCAAUAUUAGCCACUUUCAAUGCAACAUACCGAAACUAAACAAUAAUGCAAAAUAUUUUGUUGUCGGCAGAACGCAUCCGAGUAGGAUUGUAUUACACAGGACUCCGCCCAUAACCAAACAGCGCUGCAGUAGGUCUAUAUGCAAAUAGGCCAUUGCCGUAUAUGGAUCUGUGCCAUUUACUUUGAACUGGACUCUGUUUACAGCUGUGGUCAUGAGUAGAUGCUAUUGUGUUGAGAUCAAAGUGAGCGCUGCAUGUAGCCACGUGUGCACUUUUAGUUCAUAUCCUUUGCUAGUUAGUGAGUUAUUAUGCCAGGUACAGAUUAGAGGUUGACCGAUUAAUCGGAAUGGCCGAUUUAAUUAGGGCCGAUUUCAAGUUUUCAUAACAAUUGGAAAUCUGUAUUUUUGGGCGCCGAUUUGCCUUUUUAAACAAAAAAAAACAACAACAAAAAAAAAAA